CAUAAAACCUAAACACGUUCCAAUAUCACCAUAAAAUGGGCAACAAGAUAAACAAAUCAAAAGCGUUUGUUAACGUACCAAAAAGAACAGCCUUAAACCAACAAACUGUUCGUUUACACCCUCGAAAACCGCGUCAAGUUAGACAAGCAAGCGAAAAUGAAGCGAUAUACAAAAGCAUCGUUUUAAUAAAGCGAUCCAAAAAGGUUCAUAUUGCUACAGGGCAUUGGUGGCUGCCGUUGCUCUCCUCUAAAGCACAACGCGUUUCCUAUCGCUCUCGGGGCCACUUUACUGCCCUGGUAUGCAAAUGACUCUAUUCUAUUCUUUGCCCUUACUUCCGUGUCGUUACGUUUUAUGUAGCUAUAAUGCAGGUGUGCAGCUGAUCUGGUAAAUUUUGCACUUUAUAGAAAUCGAAUAAAGCUAUGGUAUGUGGCACACUAGUAGUGACUCUUGGCUGGUGCUAUAUCUAGCAAAUUCGUUCUAGCUAUUUCGUUCGCUAGAAAGAUGCAAACAUAUCCUGCAGCAUGAUGAGCAUAAACCAUCAAAACCCCUCCGACAACGGUAAUCAUCCAUCGGCCAGCCACAGAAGCCACCAUGUAUGAAUGGUUGCUAAUAAUCACUGCACACUAUCGCCAGAACAAAACGUUCCUAAACCACACAUGGACACACACACACACACACACACACACACACAGAAACCCCGGGAUAAUUAAUCUUCAUCAGAGGUACAAGGAUCAGCUGAACCGGCACAGCACUACACAGCGUUCACCGGUUGGUUUAGUUGAGAAUACCGGUAAGGAAAGGACGGCAAAGAAAGAACGUGACCUGCCAACAGCGUCUUGCAGACCCUAAAUGCGUCCUUCCUUUUAUCGCGGCAUAGAAUUGCGGGAAAGCUGCUCGGGAAAUCUCUUCCACACACAGACACACACACACACAUACACACACACAAUUUGCGCUGACAGCAAGCCAUCAAAAACAUCGAACCUUUUGGUCGUCGUCGCCGUCAUACUCUGGCACAUUUAGAAGUUGCAAGAUUAUUGCUCGCUCCAGCCUCUGGUAAAAGAACAAGUAGGACCAAAUCCUCCCCACUCAUGUCCCUUGUAACCGUCAAAACCGGGUCAGUGCAAGGGCGAAAAAGAAGCAGCAGCAGCAGCAGCAGCAGAAAAAAACGAUUCUGGAAUUUAUGACCCACCAGAACGACGGCGACGUACGUUGCUCUGGUUUGCAGAAUCAGAUCGCCAGAGGGAUCCCACGUUUGGGUGGCUAGCCCCUCAAGGUUUUUGAUGUAUGUAUGUGUGUGCUUAUGUAUACCGAUGAUGAGCAGCACAUAUUAAGUAUUGCGAGAUGAAUAUUAAUGUUUUACUGCUGCUAUUCAGUCGAUGGCGGUGGUUUUGGUUGUCCUUUUAGCAUUCAUAGCCGCGCGCGCUUCAGCUUCAUUUCAUUCUGCACACAUAGAAUCUUCCUAUCAAAACAGCAUUCCCGGGACCCCGUUUUGGGGACACUCUAAUGGACCUGAUUUGAUACGACCGGUCGCCCGCGUACCUUCAUCCAUUUAUGAGUGGAGACAAUUAUUGAUUGAUUUUUCUUAACAUAUUUGUAGACAAUGGCAUCACGCAAUGGCGCCCCGGCCAGUGUGCCAAAACGUACUCUGCGUUACCUUCAAGUCAGCGCGCACUGGAGUUCUUGAGUAUAUAUAUAUAAAGCACACGGGAGAGAGUGUAUGUAAGGGGGCAUUAAGGAAAAGUGUCCCAUCCUUCGAGAUAGCACGGAGAGUGUUCAAUAGAAACAGAACCGUUAUUGUUUUUAUUAUUUAUACCGGCUCGUUCAGUUCAGACCAACAGCGCAUCAGCAGCCCGGUGGUACCACUUGUAUUCUGUCUCUCGAACCUUAUCGGGAAAGAACACCGUUCGGGUUUGUGGGACCCGCACUUAAAGCCUGCACUCUCCCGCAGACCCGCUGGGAAUGUUCGAUUAACGUUCUUCCAUAUCCUGUCCCCGCUCCAAACUGGCGUCCGAAGAUGGGACCCACACAAACAAUUCCUUGUUGCUGAUGUUGAUGAGGUGGCUCCGUGUUGCAAAAACUCGGUAGACAUUUUCAGUCCUUAUACUAUACUAACUCGGCCAAACGGGACCUGAUGCUGGUCGCCGUCAACGCCGGCUGCGUUCUUAUCAUCACGUACGCAUCGUUCGCAUCGUCGUCCCGCACAGACCAAUCAGUCCCCGGUGGAACUGGAGGGAGGGGCGCGCACCAUGGCAAAGACCCAUAUCGAGAGAGUAUCGUGUCCCCCAGUAGUUUGGAAUUGGCAAGAUAAAAGGAAUGCGAAAAUAUCUUCAAGAUGCUGUCGUCGUUGCUGCUGAGGUGGGGGGGAUCGAUGUGGCCGACCACAGAUACAUAAAAAGUGUAAAAUUAACAACCGGCCGCACCUCGCACCGUGCCGCACACAGGGAGGGAUGAAUGGAUUCUUUAACACGCAGAGUUUUUGCUUGGACCGAACAGUAAUUUAAGUGGCUGGAAGUGGGACACUGAUUCCAAAACCGAUAUAAAUAACGGAUCUUGCCUCAAACAAUUCGAAAGUAUAUAUUAACGCAGUGUGGCACACUAAAUUCUCGUUCAUUUCGUCAUUGCAAGUGGUGCGGAUUUUAAGCACGUAUUUAAUAAAAUCCAUGGUGCUUUUCUGCUAACAAAUCUAUCAAACAAGAUGGGAAGCAUCGUCGAAUUACAGCCAUCCCUGGAACUGGGGGGGAUGAAAACUGAAACGCAUAAUUAAUAGUACACCACCACCAAUCAUGCUGUUCCGGGCAGAUGAUGAAGCGAGCCGAGUGGCAUUUGCGUGGCUGACUAAACGAAACACAGUGAAGAGCAUAAAUAAGUAAUUCCUACCCGUCAGACGCUAAGCUGCGCUGCUCUCUUUCCGCCAUGCGAAGGCACACUUCACAAAGCAGGAGGAAGCUUCAUUCAGCUAGAGAUGCCAUCUACGCAAAUGACAAACAUCAAAUCAAACACACGCUCAGAAACAGGACACGCAAAUGGCCAUCCACUCAAAGGGUUCUUCCACAAUCCGUGCACAGAAGGGUGCUGCUCGUCUAUACACAACAAGAGCCCGGCUACCCAAGCUAACGACCAACCGGUGGCUUCCAAACCGUCUCCUGACCCACCCAUUGCUCCUUGGGUCGUCAAUCAAAACCCGUUGUGGUCGAUUGGCUGAGUGUGCUUUAGCUAUCUGGUCGGAAGUUUGGCUAAGAGAACUAACAUUAGCAUAAGCUUAUGGUCUCUUUACCACCCAGGUUGGGGUGUGUGUUGAAUUUGUCCUACAACAAUUGAAUUAGAUCGCGAACAAACACACACAGUUUUCGCAAUACAAUGUUUUGUUGAAAAAGUACUAAUGUAUUUUAUUUUAAAAGCUCCUCGAAAUGUCCUCCCAUCACGUGGGAUCGUCGUCAUGGUUGAUUUUUCUGCACAUCGGCCAUCAAAUUAUAAUGAGAUCAUCCUACGGCGAUAGAACGAUGACGAUGCACUGCAGCUAAGAGUCAACUGGAACUACGGUUAUGUCUUUGAAUGUCCCUGCCCCGUCCAAACCAUCUUUCACACAGCAGCGGAGGAGGGGAGCGCGGAACCGUUCAUCAUUCUCGUGACAAAACGAGACAAUACCCAACAGUGAAUCUCAACAUCCGCUCAACAUCAACAGCGAAUCUCACCAACUUACCCCUCACAAUCCACCACCCAGUGCAUUUAGUGUGUUGCACGUUGUUGUGUUUCACUGCGCUGCGUGAGCGCGACUUAUAGAUACGCAAGAUGCCAGCAACAGCAGCCACCAUCUCAGUGAUGGCCGUCAUCGCCAUUGCCAUUACAUUCCUUGCCGUAAUGGUUGGCCGGACCGAUGCGACUACAACUUCGCCGGUGCGAGUAAACAAAUGCUGCGAGAAGUUUGAGGUCGUGUACGACGGAAAGUGUACGGUCGCUUCCACCGUAAAUGCUACCGUAUGGAAGCCCGAGUUCAUUGGUCGAAAAGGCGAACGGAACGUGCAGGUCGACAACUAUCGUUUCAUCAUUGGCCUGCCGGACUGUGGCACGAAACAAAAGUUCAACAUCUACGAAUAUCACGACAGCUACGACAAAUUGAUUCUCUUUCCGGACGGUCAGCUACGGCAUCUGAUCCUGCGCCAUCAUAGUUCGAUGCAGGGCAGCGUCGGAAGCUAUCUCGAUGAGGAUUACAUCGAUGCCGGUGACAGUAAUGUGCCGCUGCUACAGUACGACUACGAGCAGGGGUUGUACUGUAUGGAUCGCGCUAUCGGAAUCGCCGGCGAGGCCGGCGGCGAACUGAUGGAGGGCUUGAUAGCGAAGGUAUGCUCACCGAAGGAGGAAACGCAUUGGACCGACAGUGAUGUGAUGCUGCGGAAGAUUAUCAACCCGAUCUGCCACGGGAUCGCAAUGAUCAUACUGCUCGUCGUGGCGAUCAUCUACUUCGUGCUGCCGACGCUGCGCGAUCUCGUCGGCAAUAUGGUGACAACGAUCACGAUGUGCUUGAUCGUGAGCCAGGCGGCCGAUCUGGUGCGCAUCUUCACCGAGUUCAGCAAUCACGUGAGUUUCCUGAUUGCGGACCUGUUCUUCUACGUCAGCCUGCUUGGCGCCUUCUUUUGGCUGAAUGCGAUGGGCUACUACAUCUGGAAGAUGUUUCGCACGCGCAACGUUUUUCUGCGGGUCAGCGACGGCCGGAAGUACUGCUGGUACUCGGGAUACGCCUGGGGCUGUACCGGUACGAUGGCGGCCAUUGCCGUGUUUGCUCACUACUUUCUCGACCUGCCCGGAAGCAAUCGUAGUGUGGCUGGUGCGGACAACCAGCAAAGCGCAAGGGAAAGCUUUUUCGAGGGACAGGACAACAUCAGCUGGCUGGGCAUUGCCGUGUUCUUUACCCCGAUCGCGUUCAUCAUCAUCGUGAACAUAUUCUUCUUCGUUACAACGCUGCGCUUCAUCAAUCGGAUGCACACGUACGGACGGAUUCAUCAUAAGCUACGGUGCAGCUUCGUGAUGUUCACGCUCAUUUUUGCCACGAUGAGCGUCUCUUGGUUGUUUCUCAUACUUUCCUGGCUGCACUUUGACGGGCUGCUGUACAUGCACAUAAUCGCGAAUGCGUUACAGGCGCCCUGCAUCCUCUACAUUUGCGUGCUGCGUCAAAAGCAUGUCACAUUCCUAGUGAAAUCGUGCUUCCGCGACCAAGCACCUCAGACGACCGAGUGGGGCGACGAGAUGACAUACAUGAACGGUGGUGAUUACUAGCGUGGUGUGUGUCUUGGGGCGCAUGAUAAAUGUAAAUGCGUACAUCGAUACUAAGCGACCUUCCCAUGAGCCGUGGUGUAAAAGUUCGAUUUCAAUCACUCACUCCAUCAAUCGUUGAUGUAAGGAUAAUUCUCAGUAAAAUUGGAGCAGAAUCCCCGUUUUGAUAUUUCAUAUGCACAAAAAAGACUACGAGUCUCAGUAAGGACAGCAAGAGGUGGACAAGUGGUGUAAUAAGUCCAUUACGACCGCACCAUUUGCACCGACGGAACCGUCCACUGGCAAAUUUUGAUUUGGUACUAGUAGUGUAAAGUUGUAGCGAGGUAUAUUAUGUUUUUUUCUUACUAUGCCAGACGAACAAGAAACAUGCAUCUCAGGCCGAUUAUACAUGCUUCCAGGCUUCCAAAUUGCAGUAUCAUAGUCAUAGUUUUUACACGCAUACGUUGCAACCGCUACCUAGCUUAGUCAUAAAGUGUAACAAGAUUAGAACAACAACGUCUCCUUGUGAAUCGUAGACCGCAAGCAUAUUUUGCUAGUAUGUAUAAUUUUGUCAAUUACUCUUUUACUCUCUCUUAGCUAUCUGUUUAGCAAUUAGCGUAACAAUAAGUAAGAUAAAAAAGUAGAGCAUAUUUGUAUAAAGAGUAGACAUAUCGUAAGAUAGUUUGAUAAACAUAUUGGUGCAGUUGUACUUCUCGACACAACCAAACAGUGGCUUACCGCUAUUUUGGCGUAAAAAAUACUUCUAAGCUUACACAACAAUCAAUUACGCAAAAUGAUCCAAUGCGUUUGUUUACAAAAUACAACGUAUUCGAAAAUAAACGAACUGUUGCAUAACAAACGAAA